UCUUAUCUCUCUUUCUAUAACAGUUUCCUGAUCAAGAAGGUAUUGGAAGUUGCAACUAAAACUUACUAAUGGGUGUAGAGUUUGAGCAACAGCCUUCUGUAGAAUUAUCGAAGGUCGCAGUCUCGGAUACUCACGGAGAAGAUUCACCAUACUUUGCAGGAUGGAAAGCAUAUGAUGAAGAUCCAUACGAUGAAUCCCGUAAUCCAUCCGGAGUCAUACAGAUGGGAUUGGCAGAAAAUCAAGUUUCAUUUGAUUUGCUGGAAGAAUACUUGGAAAAGCAUUCUGAAGCAGCUAGUUUUGGAAAUAAAAUUUCUAGCUUCAGAGAAAAUGCACUACUUCAGGAUUAUCAUGGUCUACAAUCCUUUAGAAAGGCAAUGGCAAGCUUCAUGGAACAAAUAAGAGGAGGAAGAGCAAAAUUCGAUCCUGACAGAGUUGUCAUCACCGCAGGUGCUACAGCAGCUAAUGAACUUGUGACUUUUAUCUUGGCCAACCCGGGGGAUGCUUUAUUAGUUCCAACUCCCUACUAUCCAGGAUUUGACAGAGACUUGAGAUGGAGAACUGGAGUCAAUAUUGUACCAGUGCACUGUGACAGCUCGAACAAUUUUCAGAUUACCAUUCAAGCCUUAGAAGCAGCAUAUGCUGAUGCAGUAUCCAAGAACAUCAAAGUUAGAGGGGUGCUAAUCACAAAUCCUUCAAAUCCAUUGGGUGCAACAAUUCAACGAUCUGUCCUCGAAGACAUUCUUGAUUUCGUGAUAAGCAAAAAUAUCCAUCUCGUCUCAGACGAAAUCUAUUCAGGAUCCGCGUUCUUUUCUGGUGAAUUCGUUAGCAUUGCUGAAGUUCUUGAAGCAAGAAACUACCAAGACUCCGAAAGAGUUCAUAUUGUUUAUAGUCUAUCCAAGGACUUGGGGCUUCCAGGUUUUAGAGUUGGGACAAUUUAUUCCUACAAUGACAAAGUUGUUACGACAGCAAGAAGAAUGUCAAGCUUCACCUUGAUUUCUUCGCAAACACAGCAGCUGUUGGCUUCUAUGCUGUCCGACAAGGACUUCACCGAAAAAUACAUACGGAUUAAUCGCGAGAGGUUGAAAAAUAGGUACCACAUGAUAAUUGAUGGGUUGAGAAAUACCGGCAUCGAGUGCCUAGAAGGAAAUGCUGGAUUAUUUUGCUGGAUGAAUUUAAGUCCACUGUUGAAGGAACGCAAAAAGGAAAGCGAAUUAGCCCUUUGGAAAUCAAUAUUGUAUGAAGUGAAGUUAAAUAUAUCUCCAGGAUCUUCUUGCCAUUGUUCAGAGCCAGGAUGGUUCCGGGUUUGCUUUGCCAACAUGACCGAGCGGACACUAGAAAUUGCACUCCGGAGAAUACAUGAUUUCAUGGAAAUUAAGAAGGAAAAUGACGUCCAGCAGCAAUAACUCCUUGUAGUAGUUUCAUCAUACAUAUUCUUUUUUUUUUUGGGGUCUUGAAAUUCUUUGGAUCCCAGAACCAAAUCCAAGAUUGGUUUUGUGUCCCCCGCCUAUAGAUCAAGUUUGACAGAGACCAAGAAUGUCGUUUAAAGCUUUGCCAUAUAUAUUGAGCUGAACUUCUUUCUUGGAGUACCGGUUCUAUACUCUAUAGUUGGGGAACGGACGAUGGGUAGAAAUAGUAGAAUAAUUUGAAG